AUGUCUUCAUCAUGGCGCAAGUUAUCUUUACAGGCGGAAUCACUGCCGUCGCUAAUUUUUCAGUACACCUGGACCCGUGAAGGCUAUGAGCUCUAUCUCACUGACCUCACUUCUAUCUGGUCAGAGCAACUGUGUCGCAAGGAUAUCUUCAAACGCGCCGAACAGGGACUCACCACUAUUGACCCCAGUGAAGGAGAUGAUCAGCUGGAACUUUUGCUCACAAAGAUCGGGGAGGCACUUAGUGGUGCUGGUGGCAAGCCAGCACUAAACAGUGGAUCCAAAGUUGAUUCCAUCGACAUCAAUAUCAGUGCCAAACUCCCUGCCCCGCUGAGGCCCUUGAGAUGGACAUUACAAUUAUCGAAGGAGCCCACGUCAUCUUUGACAAAUCGCAUCCUUCUCCCAUUAUUGGAAGAUGAAGCGGCUUGGGAAUUACGCCAGCAAGCGCUUUCGGAUCAGCUUAAACAAAAAGACUGGGUUUUGGACAAGCUAUUUGACCGGAUAGAGGCUCUCGGCGUGGACAUGAGAACCAUUUUCCCAAGUGCCACUGGACUACGCUCCACUCGCAAAGGUGACACGCGGUCUGAGCUGGGAAAGCUGGUCAAAGGUGUGGCACAGUUUGACGAGAAGGCCUGGCUCGCCCGACAAGGCGGUUCUUCCGAUACCUUCAAUUUGGCUUCAAAUCUAGUCCAUGAAAUGUUCGGUUCGAAUUUUAAGAAGCGUCUCAUGAGCUUCAACCCAGUGCGAGAACACUGGUGGGAUGAGCUUGGCACAUUCUCAACUACUACCUCCCAAGAGGAAACUGACCUAGCCUCCAAAGAACCAGCCUCCCUCUCCAGCUCAACAGAACAGCCAGUCAAAUCUUCAGAGCUAGAUUUAGAUGAUCUGGCAGAUACAGCGGGAACCACCGACUCUGAAUUUGAGCAACAUGAAGAACCUCCUCGGAGAAAGGCCUCAGUCAUAAAGACCAAAGCCUCUUUGCCACAGCCAAAGCCAAUUUCAAAGAAGGGUCCCAUUCAAGCUCAGGCCGAUAAAGGCAAUGGAUCAGCAGCGUCCGAAUCAGAACCAGAUCUCGAUUCGAUAGCCCCCGCUCCACGAAAAACCAAAGCACCAAGCAUCCCCCCGGAACCAAAGCCUACAACAAACCCACCCAAGAAGGCUAUUGGUAAGCUCGGUGUCAUCGGGGGCAAGAAAAAGCAACAAGAGGAGCCACGACCACCCCCUUCUCCAUCACAGGAUCCAAUCCCAGCGCCUCCGAGCCCGGUCAGAGAUGGCGAACCCGCUCACGAGACCGCACCUCUGCCCUCACCAGCCAAGGCUAAGAAGCCUUCGAGACUAGGCGUUAUAGGCGGCAAAAGCAAGGCAAAGCGUCAGCAAACACCGCCGCCUGAGUUUCCCACUCCGCUGCCAGCUCAUCGAUCGCCGACCAAAUCACCUAAACGUGAGCAUGCAUCCCCAGAACGAACAGUUCAGAGUCCUCCGAAGAGAGAAAAUCCUGCCGAACCUGCUGUCAAAGCACUCCCCGCAGUCAUCGAGACGGAAGAGGAGAAGGCGAGUCGGAGACGUGAGGAACUGAAACGUCAGAUGGAAGCUCAGAGUAAAGCACCGGCGAAGAAGAAACGGAGGUUUUGA